AUGGCAAACUUCCUUGAGCAGCUCGACAGCUCCAUCUCCGACCUUCUAGCUGGCUGGAACGUCUACUCGUCGCUCCUCGCCAUUGGCCUCCUGGGCUUCGUGGGCUGGGUCAUCUACGACACGGCAGAUGCUGACACGCACCCGCUGCUGCUUGCACGCCAGGCCCAGGCUUCGUAUGUGAGGCAGCAGGGAGAAUCUGCCGUCUUUAGGUCCCCCGAGACUCCUCAUGGCUACCCUCUCCGAACCGGUCUUGCCGUGAAGCCCCCAGGUGCGCCCAUGUACACGGCCGGAAAAGAUGGUGACCUCCGAGAUAUCUGGCGUCGCGUUACAGGCGAAAUUCCCCUCGAAAAGGGUGCCAGCUCGAGUGGCACAGCGAACAUCAUGACCGUCUUCGGCAAGGAAGGCGUCUCAGAGCACAAGAUCGAAGGACUCACAAAAGAGAUUGCCAUCAUUGGAACACACCUGAAAGACCAUGGCGCAAAGCGAGUGGCCGUCUACCUCCCCAACAGCAUCGAAUUCCUAGUCGUCCUCUUCGCUGGCGCAUUUUACGGAUUUACCCCCAUCUUAAUCCCGUACAACCAGCCGCAUACUACGCUUGCCGAGCUUCUUGUGCAGACUGGAGCGGACGCAUUAGUCGCCGAAGCGGGCUCGUUCCCCUUAGCUGAUGUAAGCCGCGGUGCUCCUGCUCUUCGACAGAUCAUCUGGACUGUGGAGAAGACAAGUAGGCACAUGGACUGGAGCGAAGUGCCAGAGGGAAUCGGAGGCAAGAUCGAUGUUUCAGUUUGGCAUCAAAUUGUGCAAGACCAAACGAACGGCACCGCCACCUUGCCCUCGGACUCCAACAAAGCUCCAAACGUCGUAUUUCUCUGGCAAGAAAGCGGGGCCAAGUCUGCGGAGAUUGUCGAGUUUUCACAACUGAACUUGGCUGCCGCCGUGGGUGCGCUCAACACCUCCUUACCAGUGGCACAACGACUUAAUGCUUCGGACACUUUCCUUCCCGCUGACGCCUUCACUCACUCUUACAGCCUAUGCGUAACACUAUCAGCGCUUUUCGCUCAUGCGACCAUCAUUAUCAACUCUGUUGCUGGCCCAGGCGUAGAUUUGACAUUGGCCAGUCGCUCCAUUGCGCCUACGGUUGCGCUCAUCUCGGCUGAGACUGCUGCCAAACUACAUAGCACCACCACUACGUCUGUCACAGGCGGACUUAAGAAGCUAGCCCACUAUCUCGAGACCCGCAUGCUGGCUGCUGGCCGCUUGCCUACUGAUACAUUCCUCACUAAGCUCAAUGCACCAACAAGAGCGAGCAUUGGCAACACACCUGGAAAGCUGCGCCUCCUUUUUAUCUCCGAACGGGCUGGCCUAAAUACACCUCCGCUGAGCGCGGAAGAUCUCUCCGACCUCCGCAUCUACACGAAAGCGCGUGUCGUCUAUGCGUUGACCGCUGCCAAGGUAGCAGGAGCAGUUGCACAGACGAACAUCUACGAUUACAGGCGAGGACCGGCAGACUCGAGUAAACAUAGUCACUUCGGUGUGCCACUAAGCUGCGUCGAGAUCAAGUUGAAGGACACAACCGACCACAAGACAACAGAUGAGAUAUCAGCAGGCGAACUCGUCGUCACUGGAUCAUCGGUAGCUGGUGGCGAAGUCAAUCUAGGUGUGAAAGCUGUCAUUCGGGAUGACCAUACCGUGGCCUAUCUAUAG